AAUGUAAACAAAUGUAAAUGUUUUGACAAGUGUCUUACAAAUGUUACGUUGGCAUGUAUUCAGGUUCCAUAUGUACAGAAAGUUUCCGGAAAAUAUCUUUUGUUACUCAUAUAUUGUACAUAUUCAUAUGAGUGUUUUGUAAACGAUGGAGAUAGGAGAGCCUGCAGCUUAAUAUAGCGUAUCAUUCACCUUGCAAAAGGAUAAUUCUGUUGGGGCACAAUGAAGAAUGAACGUCAAGAAGAAGAACGCAGACUGGAGGUUAGAGUAGCAGAUGACCGUGAUUUUGAGCGACUAAAGCAGCUGUGUGAUUGUCAUGAUGGCUGGAAUCUGGCUUUCAACCAGCUUCCUACAAAAGUUUGGACAAGGCCAAUGAGAGACACCACAUUUCACAUGAUUAAGGUCUGUACUGUUUACAACGAUAUUGAUGCAAAUGUUUUGUAUGAUGUACUCCAUGAUCCUCAUUACCGACAUAUAUGGGACAAGCACAUGAUUCAGUCAAUUGAUGUUGGAUAUCUAAACCCAAAUAAUGAUGUUUCUUACUAUGCAAUUUCUUGUCCAGCUCCUAUAAAAAAUCGUGACUUUGUCCUUCAGCGAUCAUGGUUAGAUACUGGGAAAGAGCUGUAUGUUUUAAAUCAUUCAGUAUUCCACCAUCAGUAUCCACCUAAGAAAGGCUUUGUCCGUGGUCUUUCCCAUCUUACAGGCUACCUGAUCCGCCCACUACCCUCUGGUGGGUGUUCCUUCAGCUACGUAUCACACUGCGACCCCAGGGGGAAGCUACCUCCUUGGCUUGUCAACAAAGUAACUAAUGUGCUUGCUCCUAAGAUGGUGAAGACAUUACAUAAAGCAAGCAUACAGUACAUAACCUGGAAGAUGCAAAACAACCCCAAUUUAAAGCCAUGGGUUUAUCCAGAACAGAUCAACGUACCACGGAUAGCAUUCAAUCAGUGCACCAAAAGCCCUGCAGAUGAUGCCAUUGAAUAUAUGGAUGAAUCCAGUAUUGAUGAAAAAACCUUGGCUCAUCUCAACCAUGGUGGCUACUAGUCUCCAGGAUCAUCUCUCUGAGGCCUAUGUGAUAUUUGUAGGGAGUGAAAACUCCAAAACAGUGCUUGUUAGUCUUUAAAGAUAAGUUUUGAUAAUUCCUUUUAUAAAGUAAAAAUCUCAAAUUCCAGUAAUGCUAUACGUAUACAAUACUUCAUCAUGGAAAAUUUGAAACCAUUUGGGGCCAUGGUGUUGCACAACUGCUGACUUGCAAGGGAGACCAAAUUCAAACCAUAAAAGAAAAGAAAAUUAAAACUUUCUUUCAGUUACAAUGUGCCUACAAGAUGGAAGUCCACAAGUUAUAUGGGGAUAAUGUUCAUAGUUAUUAAAUACAAGAGCUUUUAAGGAUAUAGAAAAUUUUGUUUCAGGUUGUUGAACUGAAGUAAAAAGAAUUAGUAUUUCACAGUGCUCUUGCUAAUUGUUAAUCCAACAAAAGCAUUAAAAAACUGCUGUUGAAGGCAUUUUUUGGGUCUGUUUGGUACAAAGAUAUCUUCAGGUUAGUAUCAACUUCAGAUAAAGAAUUUCCACUGUAUGAUGUGAAUAACAGUUCAUCUUCAUACAUAAUCAUUCCCAGAAUUUUUUUUUUAUAUCUCACGAGCCAUAUUUGACAUUGCUUUGUGAUGAUCAGUCAUAUCCCCAGAUCUGUUUAACUGUUAUGACAAUAAUAUCAUAUAAACCAGGGUAAAUAAUUACUGUACUUUUGUACCAUUAAAUGAAGAAGCCUCUGUGGGCUCCUAAUGUGAGGCAGUGGUAUAUUGAGGAUGUUUUGGCUACUAUGUGGUGUUGGGUAUUGAAUUUUCUAAUAGCAAAUUAUUUUGUAUAAGAAUACAUGAAUGCCACAUAUUGCAAGUGAUUAGUCAUGUGAUAGGCACAGCUUAUUUAAUCUUGAAAUUUACUUAGUAUGAAUCUCCCAAGUUUUCUUACGCUGGUCAGAAAAUUAAGUUGAAUAUGUAAUGUGAUAUAAAGGCCAUAACUUUGACCUAUGUCCACAAGGUGAGUCAUAUGUCAUGUGCAUUUUUUUUAUCACAUGACCAGUAAAGAAAAACCAUAGCUACAAAACUUCAAGCAAAGAUCAAAUUUUCAAGAAAAGGAUGUUAAACUAGUACAGUAUAGGCAAAAUAAUUUUGUCCCCCUACUUUUAUCCAUGACCGUAGAAGAAAAAUAAAGAGAGAUUUCCUUGAAUGUUCACAAUGGGUUUGAGGCUUAUAGUUUUUCACAACAAAUGUGUAGAAGCUUUCAUUACACUCAGGAGGAUUAAUCGUGAUUAAAGAGUCCUCAUAAAUUAGAAGAAUUUUAUAAGGCAAAGGCAUGUGUCUUUCAUCUAGUAAAUUUAUUUGAUAUUGAUCUAAAUACCUAUAACAUUUAAUAUGGUACGUACUCACUAUUUAAAGCAAAGUCAGCAUUUUUAUAUAAAAUUAAAAUGAUACCACUGGAUGGUGAUAAUGGUUACAAACAAUAUUUAGCACGGGAAAAUAACCAGAGAUUCCCAACUAUGUGCUGUAAUAUGACCAAUCACAGGCAUGAUAUGUUGGUUCUGUGGAUUUGUGUAUCACACAUUCUUUGAGGUAUGUCUAGCUUCUUGUUGCAGCAUACUAUAUUUAUUAUUAUCAUUAUUAUUAUUGUUAUUAUUAUGGUAAUGAUAAAAAAGAUGAUACUUUUGUUUUUUUAUUGUUUAUGAUUUUUGCAGUUUUAUGAGAAAUGCUUACAGACUGAUGAAAUUGACAUAAUUUUGUUGUUUAUAAACAUAUGAAAAGUGAGAUGUUCCAGCCCUCAAAGUUUUAUGAGUCUCCUAUGUCACUUCAAAAGUCAUUUAGUAUGGAAGAGGCUGAAGGAUCAGUGCCAUUCAAUGAGGGUGACUGAUGGAAAACUACUUCAAUUAAUCAUUUUUUCUUAGAGAGUUUACGUUUUCAUUUUCAGUGGACCCUCAUAUUAGUGUUAGGUGUACUUUAGAUUAAUAAAAAUUGCAUGUGCUCCUUAUUAUACCCUUACCUGCCUUUAACUUCCAGUGUGAUAUGGUGUGAUCUGAUAAAGGCAAAUGAAAUAUAGUGUAGGAUUAAGAGAUUCCAGUGUCUUUGAACUAUAUGACUUUAUGAGUACGUAACUGCUAUUUUUCUCAUGAGUUUUCUAAUGAAAGGUUUUCUGUUGUAUUGCAAACCAUACUAUCAAAGAAAUUGUUAGCUUUUUUGUAUUUAUUUUACUACUGUAAAGUACACUUGCAUUCGACGUGCUUGUUAUAUUCUCUUGUUGAUGAAUGAGACAAAAAAUGUAUACUACAACAUUUCAACUGACUCCCUCAGACCCUCCUCCCCUUCACAGAUAAAUAUGCUUGUUUCCUGAUACUGUCUACAUAUUCUUUUAUAAGUUGUUACAAGUGUACAUGAAUGAAAAGUAAGCCUAACAUAAAUAAUAAGUAAUUAUAAAGAUAUUCUGAAACCACUCCUUAUUGAAACCCUUGAUAAUGAUGAUUGUGAUGAUUAUGAGAGUCCUUUGAUCAUGUCUAAAUAAAUGUGUAUAGUGCAAGUGUACUGUAGAUGUAUAUAAUUUUUCAUAAAGAGUAUAAUAUAAUUUGUAACCAUAUAAUUUUUACCACUACUGUACUCACAGUUGUUUUUCAGUUUUGUAAUGAAAAUCCCUUUGAUUGGUAAAUAUGAUCAUUAGACUUGUUUUUUCUAAAUUUCUGACUGGAGAGAAGUAGGUGUUUAAACACAGUAGCUUAUUUCACAUAUUAAAGGCAGUAUUGCAUAUCAAUUUUCUUGUUUGUAGAGUAAUUAGUAAUGCAGCCUUAGAUAUUCAUUACAUACCGUAUCUAAAUUCGUGCUUUGGUUAGAUGACGGUAUUUCAGUGUUUUUGCUACACUGAGAGCCAUAUUCAGUAGGAUGUUUUUAACUUAAGUAGUGAAAGUACAGUUCUUAGCAUAGAUUUUAUCAUGUUUAAGGUUUGUGAGUUAAAUGCACAAUGGAACACUGCAUUACAGGUUGCUUAGUUGAGGAAGCGUCGAUGCUCCAAUUAGUAAGGUUUGUUUCCAGUUUGUGCUUUGGUAUUAUGGAAUCAAAUUGGAACUGAAAGGUUUCUUUCACAUUAUGCAUUUACCUGUGAUGUUUUACUGUUUUAUAAAAGAUUUUAACAAGUUUUUGAAUGAAUAAAUAAAAUGUUUCUGUAUAAAGGAGGAGGAUAGUAUAUGGUGUUUUACUAGUAGAAAAUUAAGAAAAGAUUACAGUAACUUAUGCUACUGGUGACUUAAAAUAACCGAGAUAUUAAAAGAGCCUUUAACCGAGUUUGACUGCAAAUUCAGAGUAGACAUUACAGUUUAAAUUAUUUUUGUAAUGUUCAUUUGUUCCUAGUCAUCUGUAUUGUUUACCUUUGAGUUUAAUAACAUUCUGCCUCUAGUUGUUUAGUCUUAUCCUUUUAAGGCUGUAGAAUAAUUUAAUUGAAUUUUCAGCCUUUUAUUUUGUAUUUUGUAUACGUAUUUUAGUUUGCAGUAGAGCUCAGUAUGUUUAAUACUGUAAAGCAACUGAUGUAACUGCAGUGUAUCAGUUUACAUUUAGCUUGGGUUUUGCAAGUUCAAGUGUUUUUUGUUGCGCAGGGUGAGGACUUUGAUUGAUGAUGAGACGGGUACAUGGGUAAGUCAGGUAUACUUGAAUGCAAUUACAAGAAUAUGCAACUAGUUUCAUAGUUUCAUAAUUUAUUCAUGUUGGACGCAUGUUCCAGAAAUAUGCAGCAACUCCAUUUUAGUAGAUGUUGUCAUUGUGUUUAGUCAUAAAAUUAUAAUUGCUAAACCUGGUCAUUUUCAGUGGACUGAAAAUGAAUGAUGUGUAAAGUAAAUGAUAUGACAGAGUUUAUUUUUCUUUGAUUAAGUAACUUGCCUCGGGUUUAGAUAAUUGUUAAGCUGUUGAUUUUAAAUAAACUAGGAGGUUAUUUUUUAUUUAUGUAUUAAAUGCAGUGUAUUGUGUGUAUUUCUUGUUUACAAAAUGUUAACAACUUUUGUUGAAAAAGAGUACACCAAUGGUUUAAAUCAAAUAAACUGAUCAGUGUAAAAGA